GGGCUAAAAGGAGCACAUUUACUUUGGGCCAAACUGCUAUUAAUAACAGCAAACACCGCACCAUGUCACCACUUCUCCUCUACACUCUGCUGCUUUUCAACAGGGUGUCUUAUUCCAAGGCAGGAAACUGUGAAGUGUGCGUGGGGUUUCUUCAUAGACUAUAUGGAAGCGUGACGUCUAAUCACAAAGAGCUGACUCCAGCUCUGGUGGAGAAAGAACUCUUCCGGGCUUGCUCUGCCGCUCAGGGGAAGGAGGCAAGGCUGUGUUACUACCUCGGCGCCAUUGAUGACGCAGCCACCCGCGUCACAGCAUCCGUGUCUCAGCCGCUAGCCUCCCAUGUUCCUGUGGAGAAGAUAUGCCAGCGCCUCAGCAGCAGAGACACGCAGAUAUGUCAACUUAAACACGAGCCAGAGUUGAGGGACCUGAGCAGCGAAGAUCUGAAAAAGAUGCGAGUGCUGGAGUUGAGGAAUAUUUUAGCCUCAUGGGGAGAGGAGUGCAGAGGGUGCCUGGAGAAACAUGAGUUUGUCAGCCUCAUUCUGGAGAAGGCCCUGCUUCACACUCAUAAAGGAGACCUGUGAAUGACUGUACAUGUCUCAAGCACAAUCCAAACCUAAGAAAAACAGCUUUAUUUUUAAUUCAUAGAGAAGACAAUAGAUCUAUAAGAUAAAUACCAAACGAGAGAAAAUCUGUACAACAGAAUUAAAAGGUUCAGACUGAGAUGUGAUAAAUUCCUCACAGAACUGGGGUGGAACGCUUCACUAUGUCUCCAAGUCCAACAAAUUCCACAUCACAUGGGAUGAGUUACAGAGUUCUUUGUGUGCUGCUUAGUUUUUGCUCUUUGCUUUCUUUUUUUUGUUUGUGGCGGAGCUGGUGACGGGCGGAGCCGGGUUGACUGGUGGAGCACCCAGCUUCUUGGUUUUGGCCUUUUUUACUUUCUCCUUAAUGGCAUCGAUGUCUAGCUUGCUUUCCUCGGGUGCUGAAACGGGAGAGGUGAAAACAUCUUAGCCACACACCGUCAACCUGCAUUUUUUUUUUUUGCAGCUGUUGCAAUUUUAAGACAUUACUACCUUUAGUUUUCUUCACUAUGGGUUUCUCCUUAGGAGGAAUAAAAGCUUUUUUCCUCUGCUCCUGCUUCUUGGUCAGGGCUUGAGCUUGCUUCACCUAAAAAAAAAAAAAAAAAAAA